AUGCAAGGUGUGCCGUCCCCCCCUCCUAUCAUCAUCACCAUCAUCGCACCCACGCUCCCCACUCCUUCCACGCUCCCUCCUACGACCGUCCUGCUCACGACCGUCCCUCCUUCGACCGUCCCUCCUUCGACCGUCCCGCCUACGACCGCCCUUCCUUCGACCGUCCCUCCUACAACCGGCCCUUGCACGAGCGCCCCAUCUACGAGCGACCCUCGCAUGAGCGUCCGCCCCAAGACCGCUGGAACCCCCGUAUCCGUGUGAGCCCUGGAAAUCAGUUCUACAUGUUGGACCAGGAGGAGGUUCACCCUUUGCUGAUGCGCGAGAGGCGCUCAGAGUCUCACAGGAACAAGCUGCUGCGGCGGACAGUCAGCGUUCCUGUUGAGGGAAGGCCCCAUCCCGAGAUGGGCGCCGUUUCCUUGCUAAACUGCAGUCGAGGGAUCGUAACAAAGGAGGGAAUUGUGCUAAAUAAACUUGUCACUUCAGAUAAUAAUGACAAACUCAGGCUGUUGGAAUCUUGUAUGAACUUUAAAAUGAUGAAAAGAGGCCUGAGGAUGAUUGGAACAAACACAAUUUCCCUUAAAGUGGACAUUAGAGAAUUGUUUAAAGACAGAGAAGACAAGAAUGCAUCUCAACUUUGUUCAACUUGUCUUCUU